AUGAAUGUGAUAUUGAGUAUAGACCAAAGUACCCAGUCCACGAAGCUGAUUUUUUUUGAUGAAAAGUUGAAUGUGCUGCAUAUGAACAGCCUGAACCACGAACAAAAAUGCUUCAAGCCAGGAUGGUACGAACAUGACCCAAUCGAAAUAAUUAAUAAUUUGUACACACUCAUGAAUGAUGGUUUGAAGACUCUUAAGGAAAAACACAAAGAGGUAGUAAUAAAAUGUAUAGGAAUUACAAACCAAAGAGAAACGGUUAUCAUAUGGGAUAAGCUUACAGGAAAGCCCUUGUACAAUGCCAUCGUGUGGCUGGAUACUCGAGUAGAAGAUACCGUUGCUGAAUUUUCAAAGAAAUAUAAUAAUGAUUAUUUUCAGAAGAAAACGGGAACCUAUUUUAAUACCUAUUUUAGUGCGUUUAAAAUUUUAUGGCUAAUUCAGAACAAGCCAGAAAUUAAGAAGAAGGUAGAGGAAGGAUCUGUCAUAAUCGGUAAUAUAAACACUUGGCUGAUAUAUAAUUUGACGAAUGGGAAUAGCUACACAGAUGUCACGAAUGCAUCUAGGACUCUUUUGAUGAAUAUCAACACGUUAGAGUGGGAUGAAGAAUUGUGUAAAAUGUUUGGUAUUACAAAUAUGUCCGUUCUUCCAGAAAUCAAAUCUAACAGUUUCAAUUUUGGGUCCGUAAUAUGUGAACAAGUGCCUGAGUAUGCAGGGGUACCAAUUACUGGAUGUAUUGGAGACCAACAGAGUGCAUGUAUAGGACAAGCUAUUUUUGAUGAAGGAGAAGCUAAGUGUACCUAUGGGUACAAAGUGGUGUAUUCUUCAUGUGGUUUAAUUACAACGGUUUGCUACAAAUUUAAUGAAAAUGAUAAAGCGAAAUAUGCUUUGGAGGGUUCCAUAGGUACAGCUGGUUCAGGGGUGUCAUGGUUAGUGAAGAAUAAUUUAAUUUCUCAUCCUAGUGAAGCUAGCUAUAUCAUGGAAAACUGUGAAGAUACUGGAGGGGUCGUGUUCGUGCCAGCUUUUAGUGGUUUGUAUGCCCCUAGGUGGAGAUCAGAUGCCAGGGCAUGUAUAACGGGUAUGACAUUCAACACAGAGAGGAAACACAUCGUUCGUUCCCUCCUAGAAGGCAUCGUUUUUCAGCUGAACGAAAUUGUGUACUCCCUGCUCUCAGACAUGGGCAUAGAAAUGCUCCACGUUUUACGCUGCGAUGGUGGAAUGACCAAAAAUAAGGCAUUCAUGCAGUUCAACUCGGAUAUUAUAAAAACAAAAAUCGAAGUGUCAAAGUAUUCAGAAGUAACUGCACUAGGGGCUGCCGUGCUGGCUGGUCUAGGGGUCAAAAUAUGGGAAAAUUUAGAUUCCGUUAAAAGUUUAAUACGGAAUAGCGAUUCUACGUUUAAUUCUAAAAUGGAUGAAAAGAAUAGAAAGAAGAAAAUUUCCGAGUGGGGCAAGGCAGUCGAGAGGUCACUCCUGCAGAUGUAG